AUGACGGAAAUAGAAAAAGAGCUCGCGACGGAUAUUAUGAAAAAAACAGAAAAAGUGGUUGAGAGGCAUAAUUUCUUGGAACAGGGAUUUACAAAAGUUAUUUCAUACGAUGGCGACCGAUUAUACGAAUCAGGUCCAGGAUAUGAGAGGGACCCUGUACUACGAAAUGACCACCCCAUUGUUGAAUUGAGAAUAGAACCGUGGAAUGUAUAUAAUCCUGUUAAAUCAGCAUUUAUACUUGAUGAUAAGGGUGAGCGAGUAUUGUUUAUUGGCAAGCAGACAGUACAAUUAUGGAUAUUUGGAUCAGGUGCCAAACCCCGUUUGCAGUAUAUAUGGUGCAAACCAUUGAAAGAUAAUGACCGUAAAGUACCUACCACCGUGUAUGCCACAAUCAAAGAAGCAAUUUUGAAGAAAGUGCAAGGCGAUAGAUUUGUUCUCCAAGUAACUUACACAAUCUCUAGUAAAGAUAAACGUAGCUUUUCCAAGUUUGGUAUUCAACCUACACACGAAUUCUCGCUCAGAGAACGUAUACAAAGAGUCAAAAAACGGCCACGCAAUAUAGAAGCCAUUUCUGAUAACGAAUCGAGAGAAGAAGAAUUAUUAUUGCCGAGCGAGGAUGAAUUUGCCACGUUCAAUACAAUUACGCACACAUCCUAUGUUCUAGGAUUCUUGGAUCACAUCGAACGUAAAUACUGGAUUCAAAUCGGUUCGGACAAUAGCGGUCACCAUUUCCAAGAACUUCUUCAGCAGUGUAGCAAUAUUAUUUACGAUGCUAUUCAAUCACAUACUCAUUUAUUUAAUCAGAUAGUAAAAGGUCAAUCACCUUUAGAAGUAUUAAUCAGAUGUGACUGCAAACACACGGAUAAGAUGAUCAAAGCUUUGUUAAAGACGAACAAACAUAUUCCUCGAUUCCAUGAUAGCGAUCGUACCAAAUCUGCUCUCUCCCGUGCCAUAUCUUUGGGUAAAACUGAAGUAGUGCAUUCUAUGUUGAACUACUAUUGCAGACGAGCAUCGGAAAAUCCAGUGUCAUGGACAAUUACUGUCGUCCCGGCAUAUAACAAAUUAAGGUUAAUGUAUCCGGACUUUGCAUUGGAAGUGAUGGAAAAGCUCAGUUAUUUGCCAUCGACUAAGAAUAUUGAAAGGAGUGACAGAGAAGAGAAUUUUGCAUUUUCAAAGGUUGAGGAACUAGCACACGAAGCUGAUGACACUACAUGGCAGAAAUUCAAAAUGUUAUAUCAUAAGAGUGAAAGACGGAUCGAUCACGAGGUAAAUUAUGAAACAAGAAAUAUAUUUGGCGAGUCAUUAUCAUUAGUUCUAAAUGAGUAA